CGCACCGCCUCCUCCAGGUAACCCAGGUGUCUCUUCUGUGAACUUUGAACGGAAACUCGCAGAGGAAGGCAGCAGGAUGGUUGGAGAGGAGCUCAGACCCCGUGGUGCGUUCACUUACCUUAUGGUGCUCUCUGUGAUCCACUCAUGCAGAGGUCAGUCUGAUGUGGUUGGUCCGUCUCAGCCAAUCGUGGCUCUCGUUGGCGCGGACAUCGUGUUGCCAUGUCACCUGCAGCCUGCCAUGGACGCCUCCAGCAUGACUGUGGAGUGGUCCAGGCCUGAUCUGGACCCCAGGUUCGUCCUGGUGUGGCGGGACUCCCAGGAUCUGCAGUCUAAAAAACACCCGUUGUUCCGCAGCAGAACGUCUCUGUUCACCCACGAACUGAAGCAGGGAAACAUCUCACUGAAGCUGUCCUCAGUGAAACUUUCAGACCAGGGGAUGUACAGGUGCUAUGUUCCAGCGUUGGACCGAGACGCCACCGCCCAGCUUGUUGUAGGUGCCGCCUCCUCACCUGUCAUCCUGAUGUUCAACAACAGCACCAGUGAAGGAGGAGCAGGAGGAGGAGUGGUGCUACAGUGUGAAUCCAGAGGCUGGUAUCCAGAGCCUGAGGUGUUGUGGCUGGACGCUGAGGGAAACCUGCUCUGUGCUGGACCUCCAGAGACAGUUUCAGUAAAGACAUAG